AAGAUAUUUUCAAUGUAAAAUAUCACUUCUUCAACAAAGGUGACAACAUACAGUUCUGCUCUAAGAUGGCCUAUUUCACAGUUGGUCUUAUCACAAUGAUGGCUUUGAUACUUCUGCUACUGCCAAUCAUCAAUCAGUACUUAUCUUGCCCUGAAAUUAGGAGUUGUGAUGCGAAUGAUCGAUUUUCAUGUAGUAAUAAUCCCCCUCAAAAUUGUAGCUUCCAACUAGUUGAGACCAUUCCAGAAAACCUGACCUAUCCCAGUGGUUCCAUAGAGAGUAUGUCGACUUUCGACGCGUGGAUGUUUCUACUGAAGAAUGCCAAAAAGUCUGUGGACUUGAUUUCGUUUUAUUGGUUGAUGAUGGACAGGCCUGAAACUAAUAGCUCACUUGAUAUUCAGGGUAAGACAGUUUUCAAUGAGUUGCUGAAUGUUAUAAAGAGAGGUGUUAAGCUGAGAAUCAUCGUUAACAAACCCAAUACAACCAACCCAGAUCUUUUGGCAUUGAGUCAAGCUGGGGCAGAAGUGUUGAAUUUGGAAGCCGAGAAGUUGUUGAAAUCUGGCGUCUUACAUACGAAACUCUGGCUCGUCGAUGGUCAAAUGCUCUAUCUUGGUAGUGCUAAUAUGGACUGGAGAUCUCUGACACAGGUAAAAGAACUAGGAAUCCUGAUAAAAUCCUGCGACCUCCUACUUUCAGAUGCCAGCAAACUUGUAGAUCUAUACAACUAUGUGGCCUCCCGUAACGAAGUUCCAAGACACUGGCCGUGCAAGUUUAACACGCGCUAUAACGCUGACAAUCCCAUGCAGCUGAACGUUCAAGAUCAGGCGACAAGUGUCUUUUUAUCUAGCUCUCCUCCGUUUUUCUGUCCAUCUGGCCGAACAUCGGACAUCAAUGCAAUCUUGAAUGUCAUCCACUCAGCUAAACAGUUCGUUCACAUAUCUGUGAUGGAUUAUAUGCCUUACACUGAGUUCGCCAAGCCUCAUCUAUUUUGGCCUGUUAUAGAUGAUGCCCUGAGAAGAGUUGCUGUUGAGAAGAAAAUCGAGGUAAAGAUAUUGACGAGUUUGUGGAAGCACACGAAACCAGAUAUGCUGCAGUACAUGAAGUCACUGGCCAGUCUGAAUGGACUGAGUUUUACUAAACCGGAGACAUCUCUUCAAGCUAAAUUAUUUUGCGUGCCAGUGGUGAUGCCCUACCAGCAGACCAUCCCGUACGCCAGAGUCAACCACAACAAGUACAUGGUCACUGAUCAGACUGCCUAUAUUGGAACGUCAAAUUGGUCUGGCGAUUACUUCAUUAACACGGCCGGCGUCGCGAUCAUAAUCGGAGAACCAACGCCAUCCGGCGAAGAUCAUCAUCAUCAUCAAGCGAUCUUUGAGAGGGAUUGGUACUCCAAUUACUCCAUCGGUGUCUGGAACGUGGAUGUUAAUAAUUUUACCAUUUCCUGUAAUUCCGCCUAACUUUGUUCCGGUUUUUCCGGUUUUUUAGUUUUCCGUUUUAAUAUGGAGUGCGUUUUGUUUAGUUUUUUUUUCUUUUAAGUUUGUUUAGUUUUUUUUUCGUUGAGUUCUUUGUUUUGGUUAAAUUACAUUUCAGACAGUAUUCACUUAUUUGCAUGCCCUUCCAUGCUUCAUUUAAUCUAUUUAUUACUCACACGCGCGCACACACAUACAAAGACGCACGCACACACUCACACACACACUCACACAAGUGCCAAUGUGUUAACAGCUCAGAUAUAUAAUCAGGAAUUAGUUAUUAGUCGCGUUUAAUUUUUAUUCAUAAAUAUAUUAUAUUUUAUUUGUAACACACAUACACACUGUCUUUCUUUCUCUCUUUCUCUCCUCUUUAUUUUUCUCUCUCUUUCUCUCAUUUCUCUCACACACACGCACACACACACACACACACACACAAACAAAUGUGUAUGAACUAUACCUAAGAAAAUAUUUUUUGGUUUGAGUAUAAACAUUGUUUUUUGAUUCCUUUCCUUCAUGGUUGAAUAAAA